AUGCUCGACGCGGCCCAACGCCAGCCCCCGGGGGCCUACCUGCGGUUGUUGGUCGAGCAGCACUGCGGGGGGCGCGAGGGGGAGCGGCGGGACUGCGGUAGGACCCCGGCCCCCAUCGCCAAGGCGCCGGACGAGGCCUAUCAAAGCGCCUUUACCCGCGAGGCCUGGGAGGAUUUGAUCACGCGCGAGAACGCCAUUCGGUUUCGCUUUCACCCCGCAAGCGCCAGGGGAGGGGGGCGGGGCGGUUGGGCCGGCGUCGGUAAUCCCACGGACCCGGGUGUGGGCGAGAACAUGGAAGAGGCGGAUCGGCAAGCGGAGCUCUUCAAGUCGCAGAUGGAGCGCGCCCUGUCAGGCGCCGGGUUGUUUUACCACUUGGCGGAACCGGCCGCGGAGGUGGACGCCGCAGAUUCCCUCCCGGCGGAUAACCCCCUCGAUUCGCCGGAAACGGGGCGAGCGUCGAACGGAAGGGAUAUCGCGGCUACCAAGUGCAUUGUUCGUAUCCGAAACAGUCAGCGCCAAAAGCAUACCGCAAUUUUGAGCACCGCCAAGUCGGUGAAUUAUUUCAAGCUAAAUUUUAUGCAGGUAUUGCGAAAGGAGUUGACCAACUUGAAUCUUCCGCGUGGGCCGGUCGAGUCCAGCGGGACAGGGACGUCGGCGGUUCCCCUCGCGGAAGCGAAGAACCGAGCCCAACCUCACGCAUCCACCGGUAGCAAAAAGCGGAAGAAGAAGCGAUGA